CUCAGUGAGAGGAGGAGAGCCAGAGAGAGACGGAGGAGAGCAGGCAGUCUGUCCGACAAUCAGCGCAUCUCGGCGGCGGAAGGUCCUCCGUGAACCCGAGCCUCCAGUCCGGAGCGCUUCCAUAUGGACUCACCAUGCGCAGGAUACGGGCCAACGCCAUCGCCAUUCUCACCGUCGCGUGGAUCCUGGGCACGUUCUAUUACCUGUGGCAGGACAACAAGCCGCAGUCGUCGCCGUCGUCCGUGACGCGCGGCAGGGGCCAUGGGGGGCCGAAGGGGGGGGUCCCCGGCCGGCUGGAGAUGCACCGGGACGACAGGACCAUCCCGCUCAUAGUGACCCAGCCCCCGCGGACAGAGCAGAGUCAGCUGUUGGGGGGCUUCGAUGAGAAGGCUUACCUGUCAGCAAAGCAGCUGAAGCCGGGGGAAGACCCGUACCGAGAGCACGCCUUCAACCUGCAGGAGAGCGACCGGCUGGGCAGCGAGCGGUCCAUCAGAGACACCCGACACUACAGGUGUGCGUCUCUGAAAUAUGACUCAGACCUUCCCUCCACGAGCAUCAUCAUCACUUUCCACAAUGAGGCUCGCUCCACUCUCCUGCGCACCAUCAAGAGUGUCCUGAUGCGAAGUCCUUAUUCUCUGAUUCAAGAAAUCAUCCUGAUAGACGACUUCAGCGAUGACCCUGAGGACUGCCAGCUGCCCUCUCAGAUCCCCAAAGUGCGCUGCCUGAGGAACGAACGGAGAGAGGGUCUGAUCCGAUCCCGUGUGAAAGGAGCCAACUCGGCCACAGCCUUAAUCUUGACCUUCCUGGACAGCCACUGCGAGGUCAACACUGAUUGGCUGCAGCCGAUGAUCCAGAGAGUGAAGGAGGAUCGUACGCGAGUGGUCAGCCCCAUCAUAGACGUCAUCAGCCUGGAUAACUUCGCCUAUCUGGCUGCCUCUGCUGACCUGAGAGGAGGGUUCGACUGGAGUCUUCACUUCAAAUGGGAGCAGAUUCCCAUCGAGCAGAAGAUGGCGAGGAGCGACCCCACACAGGCGAUCAGGACUCCAGUGAUCGCCGGCGGGAUCUUCGUCAUGGACCGCAGCUGGUUCAACCACCUGGGACAGUACGACACUCACAUGGACAUCUGGGGGGGGGAGAACUUUGAGCUCUCUUUCCGGGUGUGGAUGUGCGGAGGAAGCCUGGAGAUCCUCCCCUGCAGCCGCGUGGGCCACGUGUUCAGGAAGAGGCACCCGUACGACUUCCCAGAAGGCAACGCUCUCACCUACAUCAAGAACACGCGGCGUGCUGCAGAGGUUUGGAUGGACGAGUACAAACAGUACUAUUACUCUGCACGGCCGUCUGCUCAGGGAAAGGCUUUCGGCAGCAUCGCAGACCGCCUGACGCUGCGGAGGAAGUUAAACUGCAAACCGUUCCGCUGGUACAUGGAGAACGUCUAUCCUGAGCUCAGGGUCCCGGAGCAGGAUGCGGUUUCCAGUGUGAUGAAGCAGGGGGGUCUCUGUCUGGAGACCCGGGGGCCCGACCUCAUCCUGGCAGAGUGCCGGGGCCUCGGGGUCAACAGGCCGCAGCCACAGAGAUGGGAGCUGAUAGAGCCUCACAUCCGACAGCAGGACCUCUGCCUCACCAUCUCAGGCUUCACGGCGGGGUCGAAGGUCGUGAUGGAGAGCUGCAGCUCUAAAGAGCCCCGACAGAAGUGGAAGCCCAAAGGCACGGCUCUGCAGCACAUGGUGGGGGGGCUCUGCUUGGACAGCCAGGCCCCCGCCGGCCCCCCCAUCAUCACCCAGUGUCGCCCCCAGCUGGCCAGUCAGACCUGGGAGCCUCAGAUUAUCUCCUGAGAGGGGGGAGAGGGGAGAGGGGAGAAACGGGAGGAUUCUGGAGCAGGAGGACUCACAUCUGCAGCUCUUCGGGAUCAAAGGAGGAAAUCUGAACUCUGUGAUCUGAAUCCUGCGUAUCGGAGCGUAAAGACAUUUUAAAGACCUUCCCGGGGUCUUUUUGUGUACCAUCCUUCGAGGAUUUCUUCUUCUACGUAAUCUUAAACUCUUCACGGUUGCACAUCUCACUUUCUUUUUCAGUUCUGUAUCUAUCCUGGUCAGCAGUUUGCUUACGAGUAGUGAGGGUCUCCACACACACUGAUGUAGCAGAAGUGUGUGUGGAGGUGGAGUCGCUGCUCUCUCUGUGGCAGCGUUACGUUUAGCCAAAUCUCUACACUGACUACAGAUCUCUUUUUGUUUCUUUAAAGCACCAUGCAGAGCACCGUCAGGAAACAUUAUUUAUAGUUUUGCAUGGUCAGACCCAAAGAAUGUUGUUUUUCUUUCCUGUCAAAGUUUCAUGUAAAUAUUUGGAGCUCGGUUUUGGUGUCAGUACUCUAUAUGUUGUUUGAAAAAUAAAAUGGUGGUAACAAAGGAA